AUGGUGUCGACUAGGCAGAUGAGUAGUAUCGGAGGAGGUAAUGGGAGUAGCGAUGGCGCCGGGCCAUCUCACGCAGAGCCUGUGACGGUGGCGCGGGUAACACGCCACUCAAGUGCCUUACUCCCCGGGGGCUUCUCGCCACAUAAUAGUUCCAAAAAUGCUACAGUAUCGGCACCCAAGAUAUACACCACUAACUUACUGGAUUUACCAAUUGAAGUUUUAGAAAAGAUAUUUCGUUAUUUGGGAUUCAAAAGCGUAUCCCAUCUUAGAAUGGUAAACCGGCAAUUCAAUACUGUAUGUAGUAGUAUAUUAAAUUCUACAUUUCAAAGAUUACAAAACCAAAUGUUACAUAGAUUCCAAGCAAUAAAAGCAAAAAUGCCUAGAAGAGAGUCUGCAAGAAGGAGCCAUCCUUUGGCUUGUGAGUCUGAUAUCAUUGAAACUCUGCAUAUGAGAUUAAGUUUAUUGCAAAUGACAUUUGGAAAGCAUAUUGAACGGAAACAUUGUUGUUUUUUCCCAGGAGAGAUUCUUGAUGAAGUGUACAGUAUUUUGUCAUAUUUAAAAACUACGACAAAGCUUGCAAGGCCUUAUAAAGUAACUGAUGAGCUUUUUGAUCUAACUACAAUGGCCAUGGAGUACUUCAAGGAGCACAUUGAACCUAAUUUGCCAGAAAUCACAUAUUUUGGCACAGAUUUCUUUGAUAUUACUACAGCUUUUUCACCUGGAGAGAGCAGUAAGUCAUACAUAUGCUUAGACUCUCCGCCUCCGAGUGGGUUCGAGUCGUCGUCCCAACAGGCGGGGGGCGCGUCCACGUCAGAGCGGCGUGUGUCCUCCCUCAACAUGUACAUGGAGGAGAGCCUGCCGCCGUCCCCGCCACCGCCGCAAAGCAAUAUGGUGUUGAGGAAAAGAAUACAUCGCAUUAAACAGGGCAUGAAGAAGUAUAAUGAUCAGUUAUCAGCGCUGCGCAGUGAUCUUAGGAGUUGUAAACGCAAGACGGCUCUUCAACAGAAGCAGAUUGCGGAACAGCAAAAGCAGAUCGCAGAACAGCAAAAGCAGACGUUGGAGUAUGCCAACCGACUGGAUGAUUAUGAUAAGAAGAAUGAGGAAACCAGCCGCAAGUUUCAAACAUUACUACAGGAGCUAAAUAAGUGCAAAACGGAGUUGCAAUACUGGCGAUCGCGCUCGCCCGCCGUGCCGCCGCUGUGCGCCGAGUGCGGCGCGUCGCUGCGCCUGUCGCCGGCGCUCGCGCAGUGGGCGGCGGACAGCAGCGCGGACGCCAGCGAGGAGACGCCCGGCGGCAGCAAGGACGCGGCGCCGCUAGAGACGCCCGUGGAGCCCCCCGCCGCGCCCUCGCCGCCCGCGCGCCGCCGCUCCGCCGACGCCGCGCCCGCCGCCGCCGCCGCCGGCACGCCCGACCGCAAGAAGCGCCGCCUCACGCGCCCGCGCAAGCUG